AUGGAGCCUGCUUCUCCCCAGGAUGACAUGAAGAAGAGGCAACAGAAGGAAAAGUCCAAGAAGCCAGUGCCGCCAGCAGCCCCCCGGCCAGCCAGGGCUCUGUUCUGCUUAACCCUGCAAAACCCACUGCGGAAGGCAUGCAUCAGCAUCGUGGAGUGGAAACCCUUCGAGAUCAUCAUCCUCCUGACCAUCUUUGCCAACUGCGUUGCACUGGCCAUCUACCUGCCGAUGCCCGAGGAUGACACCAACGUUGCCAACUCCAGCCUGGAGAAGAUCGAAUACGCCUUCCUGAUCUUCUUUGCCAUUGAGGCGAUGCUCAAGAUAAUUGCCUAUGGGUUUCUUUUCCACACGGAUGCCUACCUCCGAAAUGGCUGGAAUGUGCUUGACUUCUCCAUCGUGUCCCUAGGGCUUAUCACCAUGACCCUGGAGCAGGUCAAUGCGAAGCAGGGAGGGACUUCAGGGGGAAAAGGCGGCUUCGACGUGAAGGCCCUGCGAGCAUUUCGUGUGCUGAGACCCCUGCGCCUGGUGUCCGGAGUGCCGAGCCUUCAGGUCGUCCUGAACUCCAUCAUCAAAGCCAUGGUGCCACUGCUCCACAUUGCCCUCCUGGUCCUCUUCAUGAUCAUCAUCUAUGCCAUCGUCGGGCAAGAGCUCUUCAAGGGCAAGAUGCACAAGACCUGCUACUACCUUGGGACAGAUGUGAUUGCCACAGUGGCAUCGGAGAAGCCAGCCCCAUGCACCAAUUCUGGCCAUGGGCGACACUGCACCAUCAAUGGCACUGAGUGCCGAAGCGGCUGGCCGGGGCCCAAUGAUGGCAUCACUCACUUCGAUAACUUUGGCUUUGCCAUGCUGACUGUCUAUCAGUGCAUCACCAUGGAGGGCUGGACUGAAGUCCUCUACUGGGUAAAUGAUGCCAUUGGGAACGAAUGGCCCUGGAUCUACUUUGUCAGCCUUAUCUUGCUUGGCUCCUUCUUUGUUCUCAACCUGGUGCUGGGGGUGCUCAGCGGCGAGUUCACCAAAGAGCGUGAGAAGGCCAAGUCCCGAGGCACGUUUCAGAAGCUGCGGGAGAAGCAGCAGCUGGAGGAGGACCUAAAGGGCUACAUGGACUGGAUCACCCACGCAGAAGUCAUGGACAGUGACCGGGCCAGAGGAGAAGGUAUGAUGACGUCGGAUGAAGGAGGGUCAGAGACGGAGAGCUUGUAUGAAAUUGAAGGCAUGAACAAGUGGAUUCUCUACUUCCGUCAGUGGAGGCGUUGGAACCGAAUGUUUCGUAGGAAGUGCAGGGAUGUGGUGAAGUCCAAGUUCUUCUACUGGCUUGUCAUCCUGCUGGUGGCACUGAACACCCUCUCCAUCGCCUCUGAGCACCACUUCCAGCCAGAAUGGCUGACCCGGGUGCAAGACAAUGCCAACCGGGUGCUGCUUGCGCUCUUUGUGGCUGAGAUGCUGCUGAAGAUGUAUGCGCUGGGCCUGCGCCAGUACUUCAUGUCACUCUUCAACCGCUUCGACUGCUUCGUGGUGUGUGCGGGGAUCUUGGAGACCAUCCUGGUGGAGCUUGGCACCUUGUCACCCCUGGGCAUCUCUGUUCUGCGUUGCAUCCGCCUCCUCCGCAUCUUCAAGAUCACCAGGUACUGGACAUCUCUGAGCAACCUGGUGGCCUCCCUGCUCAACUCGGUCCGCUCCAUUGCCUCUCUGCUCCUCCUCCUCUUCCUCUUCAUCAUUGUCUUUGCACUGCUGGGCAUGCAGCUCUUUGGGGGCAAGUUUGACUUUGAGGACAUGGAAGUGCGGCGCAGCACAUUUGACAACUUCCCCCAGGCCCUCAUCAGUGUCUUCCAGAUCCUGACCGGAGAGGACUGGAAUUCAAUCAUGUAUGAUGGGAUCAUGGCCUAUGGGGGCCCGUCCUUUCCGGGCAUGCUGGUCUGCAUCUACUUCAUCAUCCUCUUCGUUUGUGGGAACUACAUCCUCCUCAAUGUCUUCCUGGCCAUCGCAGUUGAUAACCUGGCCGAGGCUGAGAGCCUGACCUUAGCCCAGAAGGCCAAAGCAGAGGAGCGCAAGCGGCGGAAGAUGUCCAGAGGCUACCCAGAGAAGUCUGAAGAUGAGAAGCAGAUGCUGGCAAAGAAGCUUGAGCAGAAAGCAAAGGGAGAAGGGAUUCCCACAACAGCCAAGUUAAAAGUGGACGAAUUUGAAUCCAAUGUCAAUGAGAUCAAAGACCCCUACCCUUCUGCAGACUUCCCAGGUGAUGAUGAAGAAGAUGAGCCUGAAAUCCCCCUGAGUCCUCGGCCACGUCCCCUUGCAGAGCUGCAGCUGAAAGAGAAGGCUGUGCCCAUGCCUGAAGCCAGCUCCUUCUUCAUCUUCAGCCCAACCAACAAGUUUCGGAUGCUCUGCCACAGAAUUGUCAAUGCCACCUGGUUCACCAACUUCAUCCUCCUCUUCAUUCUGCUCAGCAGCAUCUCGCUCGCAGCUGAGGAUCCCAUCCGCGCCGAGUCCUUCCGCAACCAGAUUCUUGGAUACUUUGACAUUGGUUUCACCUCUGUCUUCACAGUUGAAAUCGUCUUGAAGAUGACAGCCUACGGUGCUUUCCUGCACAAAGGCUCCUUCUGCAGGAACUCCUUCAACAUCCUCGACUUGCUGGUUGUCGCUGUCUCUCUCAUCUCCAUGGGAAUCGAGUCCAGUGCCAUCUCAGUGGUGAAGAUCCUCCGGGUGCUGAGGGUGCUGAGACCUCUGCGAGCCAUUAACAGGGCAAAGGGGCUGAAGCACGUGGUCCAGUGCGUGUUUGUGGCCAUCAAGACUAUUGGUAACAUCGUGGUCGUCACGACGUUGCUGCAGUUCAUGUUUGCCUGCAUCGGGGUCCAGCUCUUCAAGGGCAAGUUCUACAGAUGCACAGAUCCGUCGAAGAUGACAGAGAAGGAGUGCAGGGGUUACUUCAUCAACUACGUGGACGGGGACCCCACGCAGAUUGAGCUACAGGAGCGUGUCUGGUUGCACAGCAACUUCCACUUUGACAACGUCUUCUCAGCCAUGAUGUCACUUUUCACUGUCUCCACCUUUGAGGGCUGGCCUGAGCUGCUGUACAUGGCCAUUGACACUAAUGCUGAGGACGCAGGCCCUAUCUACAACUACCGGGUGGAGAUUGCAAUGUUCUUCAUCAUCUACAUCAUCCUCAUUGCCUUCUUCAUGAUGAAUAUCUUUGUGGGCUUUGUCAUUGUCACCUUCCAGGAGCAGGGGGAGAGCGAGUACAAGAACUGUGAACUGGACAAGAACCAGCGCCAGUGUGUGCAGUAUGCACUGAAGGCUCGCCCGCUGCGGCGCUACAUCCCCAAGAACCCUUACCAGUACCAGAUCUGGUACGUGGUCACCUCCUCCUACUUUGAGUACCUCAUGUUCUUCCUCAUCUGCCUGCGCAUGCAGCAUUACAACCAGUCUGCAGAAAUGAACCACAUCUCAGACAUCCUCAACGUGGCCUUCACCAUCCUCUUCACCCUGGAGAUGAUCCUCAAGCUCAUGGCCUUUAAAGCCAAGGGCUACUUUGGAGACCCCUGGAACGUCUUUGACUUCCUUAUAGUGAUUGGCAGCAUCAUUGAUGUCAUCCUCAGUGAGAUUGACACUGUUCUUGCAUCCAGUGGUGGAUUGUACUGCCUCGGCGGAGGCUGUGAUAGCACUGUCUCUGAUGACAACUCCCGCGUCUCCAUCACUUUCUUCCGACUGUUCCGGGUGAUGCGACUGGUGAAGCUGCUGAGCCGGGGGGAAGGUGUCAGGACCCUCCUGUGGACCUUCAUCAAGUCCUUCCAGGCUCUGCCGUACGUGGCCCUGUUGAUUGUGAUGCUGUUUUUCAUCUAUGCUGUGAUCGGGAUGCAGAUGUUCGGGAAGAUCGCCAUGGUGGACGGGACCCAGAUCAAUCGAAACAACAACUUCCAAACCUUUCCACAAGCUGUGCUGCUGCUCUUCAGGUGCGCGACCGGCGAGGCCUGGCAGGAGAUCCUGCUGGACUGCAGCUAUGGCAAGCUGUGCGACCCCGAGGCAGAAUUUAUCAUUAACCUCUUUGUGGCUGUCAUCAUGGACAACUUUGACUACCUCACACGCGACUGGUCCAUCCUUGGGCCCCAUCACCUGGACGAGUUCAAACGGAUCUGGGCUGAGUACGACCCCGAGGCCAAGGGCAGGAUCAAACACUUGGAUGUAGUGACCCUGCUGAGACGUAUCCAGCCUCCCCUGGGAUUCGGGAAGUUCUGCCCACACCGUGUAGCUUGUAAGCGUCUCGUGUGCAUGAACAUGCCCCUGAACAGCGAUGGCACCGUCACCUUCAAUGCAACCCUCUUUGCACUGGUGAGGACAGCCCUCAAGAUCAAGACAGAAGGUAACUUUGAGCAGGCCAAUGAGGAGCUCAGAGCCAUUAUCAAAAAAAUCUGGAAGCGAACAAGUAUGAAGCUUUUGGACCAGGUCAUCCCCCCUAUUGGAGACGAUGAGGUGACAGUGGGCAAAUUCUAUGCUACUUUCCUCAUCCAAGAGCAUUUCAGGAAGUUCAUGAAGCGCCAGGAGGAGUAUUAUGGGUAUCGGCCAAAGAAGAAUCCUGUGGAGAUCCAGGCUGGGCUGAGGAGCAUUGAAGAAGAAGCUGCUCCUGAAAUCCGUCGGGCCAUCUCUGGGGACCUGACUGCUGAGGAGGAGCUGGAAAGAGCAAUGGUGGAGGCUGCCAUGGAGGAAGGGAUAUACAGGAGGACGGGUGGCUUGUUUGGCCAGGUCGAUAGCUUCCUGGAGCCCAGCAGCCCCCUGCAGCCCCACGUGGCCAGCCAGAGGCCCCUGCAGUUCACCGAGGUGGGCAGCGAGGACCUCGACUCCCCUGUCUUCCUUGACGACUUCCCCCAGGAAGGCAACACCAACGUCAACAACGCCAACAGCAACAACUGGCAGGAGGGGAUGGAGUACGAGGACGAGGUGCUGAGGAAGAUGGUGCCAGCAGCACCCAGGCGUCCAGCGCGGGAGCGCACCCACCCCUUACCCAUGGAGAGACUGCAACCGAGGCCGAGCAGGAGGCGAGGGGCCACCGCUGGGGGUCACCCGUCAUCAGGGCUGCACCUAUUGCCCCAGGAGGACGGCACGGUGACGGGAACGGCGUCCAGCUCGGGGUACCAGGGGGGUGAAAGCGGUGGCCCAAGCACAUCCCCCACCCCAGCCAUCACCUUUCUCAUUCAGGAGGCUCUGAUCUCCGGGGGCCUUGCGGCUCUGGCCCGUAACCCAUCCUUCGUAACGGUGACCAGGGACGAGAUGGCGGCCAGCAGCCAGCUGGAGAUGGAUGAAGUGGAGAAAGCAGCUGUGAAGCUGCUAAAGGGAAGAGAAACACUGCAGGGCACAAAAACUGGCUCUGCCCCCCAGGACACCUCGGCUGCAUCACCAGCCAGCUCCCCAGGGCUCAGCGCAGCCCCCUCCCAAAAGACCAUCGCUGCCACUCGCCUGUGA